AUGGAUGACAAAGAUCAGCCGUUCCUAAUUGCCAAGCCGGUGGAAGAUGGUAAUGUCUCAAAAGUGGCCUCCCAGAUGGAGGUCGCCAACAGCGUGGCUUUCCAGAACGUUGAUGAACAGUAUUAUGCGGGAAAGUUAACAAGCACUGAGAUGGCUAUGUUCAAGGCCCGCUUCAUUCGACUACAUCAGGCUCUUAAAAAGGCCGGUGCUCGCAACCGAUUGACAAGUGAUUCCUUCAACAAUCAGCCGACCUCAACUUUCAUCCAGCUCUUGGUGAAGUCCGAAAUGCUGAAGUGUUUGCACAGCCACGUUCUUGACUCUCAUUGA